GGCCGGGGUAGCAACAGUUGCCUCGAGACCCGGCGCCCGGCGCCAUAGUGACCGUAGCCCUGGAGACUGUUACUUGCCAACGGCGGCAACGCGCGGCCCCGGCGGCCGGAGCCCAGCGCAGCCCGCGGCACCCGGCGGGGACGGCAGCAGGGAGCAUGCAGAAUCCAGAGGGUGGAUCAGACUCAGCAGCUUCUGUGGCUCUUCACCCGUCGGCCUCAGCGCAGGCACCAGUGGUGCAGGCAGUGCCAGCCUCACAGCAGAGGGUUUUGGUCCAGGCCACAGGCUCGGCUCCCAAAGGGGCACAGAUGCAGCAAAUCUCUGUUCCCAGAGUCCAGCAGGUUCCACAGCAGGUGCAGUCCGUGCAGCACGUUUACCCAGCCCAGGUGCAGUAUGUGGAAGGAGGAGAAGCUGUUUACACCAAUGGAACCAUACGAGCUGCCUACUCGUACAGCAGCGAGGCGCAGAUUUACGCCCCCGCCAGCGCCGCGCCCUAUUUCGAAGCGCAGGGAGGAGGAGGAGGAGGAGGAGCUCAGGUGACUACAGCGACAUCCUCUCCUACAGCCAUUCCCUCUCACAACAUGGUGGGCAUCACCAUGGACAUUGGGGGAAGUCAGAUCCUCUCCGGCUCGGGAGCCUAUCUCAUUCAUGGGGGGCUGGAGAACUCUAGACAUUCUCUGUCUCACACCUCACGCUCCUCUCCAGCAACGCUUGAAAUGGCGAUUGAAAACCUACAAAAAAAUGAAGGGAUUACAUCACACAAAAGCAGUUUGCUCAACAGCCAUCUGCAGUGGCUGCUGGAUAACUACGAGACAGCAGAGGGUGUGAGCCUGCCCCGGAGCUCCCUGUACAACCAUUACCUGAGGCACUGCCAGGAGCACAAACUGGACCCCGUCAACGCCGCCUCCUUCGGGAAGCUCAUCCGCUCCGUCUUCAUGGGGCUGAGGACACGGCGCCUGGGCACCAGGGGAAAUUCCAAAUAUCACUACUAUGGGAUCCGCCUCAAGCCGGAGUCACCGCUGAACCGCCUGCAGGAGGACACGCAGUACAUGGCCAUGAGGCAGCAGCCCAUCCACCAGAAGCAAAGGUACAGAGCAGCCCAGAAGAUGGAUGGGAUGGCAGAGAGUGCAUCCAACAGCACCCCCCACACCACACCCGAGCAGUCAGUGGCUGCUCAGUGCCAGCACCACCAGCAGUUCAUAGAUGUAACCCAUGUCUUCCCUGAGUUCCCAGCCCCUGAUCUUGGCAAUGUGCUCUUACAAGAAGGUUUCACCUUGAACGACGUGAAAACUCUGCAGGUUCUCUACAGGAGGCACUGUGAGGCCACUUUGGAUGUCGUGAUGCACCUCCAGUUCCACUACAUCGAGAAGCUGUGGCAAUCCUUCUGGAGUCCCAAGGCACCCCCUAGUGAUGGCCCCACUGCUCUGCCCUCCAGUGAAGAGGAACCCGAAGGGACCCUCCCAAAGGACAAACUGAUCACCCUGUGCAAGUACGAGCCCAUCCUCAAGUGGAUGAGGAGCUGUGACCACAUCCUGUACCAGGCCCUGGUGGAGAUCCUCAUCCCUGACGUGCUCAGGCCAGUGCCCAGCACGCUGACCCAGGCCAUCCGGAACUUUGCCAAGAGCUUGGAAGGGUGGCUGAUGAAUGCCAUGAGUGAAUUCCCCCCCCAGGUGGUGCAGACCAAGGUGGGGGUGGUGAGUGCCUUUGCCCAGACCCUGCGCAGGUACACGUCCCUGAACCACCUGGCGCAGGCGGCGCGCGCCGUGCUGCAGAACACGUCCCAGAUCAACCAGAUGCUCAGCGACCUCAACCGCGUGGACUUCGCCAACGUGCAGCAGGAGCAGGCCUCAUGGGUGUGCCAGUGUGAGGAGGGCAUGGUACAGAAGCUGGAGCAGGAUUUCAAGCUGACUCUGCAGCAGCAGAGCUCUCUGGACCAGUGGGCCAGCUGGCUGGACAAUGUGGUCACUCAAGUGCUGAAGCAUCACGAGGGAAGCCCCAGCUUCCCCAAGGCAGCCAGGCAGUUCCUGUUGAAGUGGUCUUUCUACAGCUCCAUGGUGAUCCGGGACCUCACCCUGCGCAGCGCCGCCAGCUUCGGCUCCUUCCACCUGAUCCGCCUGCUCUACGACGAGUACAUGUUCUACCUGGUGGAGCAUCGUGUGGCCCAGGCAACAGGGGAGACCCCAAUUGCUGUCAUGGGAGAGUUUGGUGACCUCACAUCCCUGUCCCCGACACUGCUGGACAAAGAUGACAUCAGCGAGCUGGGCACCGAGGGGGACCCGGGGGAGCCGCUGGUGAAACGGGAGCGCAGCGAGCCCGGCCACUCCCUGCAGGACAUCUGACACCUGGGCUGGACCUGGCCACCCCCUGCAGGACAUCUGACACCUGGGCUGGACCUGGCCACCCCCUGCAGGACAUCUGACACCUGGGCUGGACCUGGCCACCUCCUGCAGGACAUCUGACACCUGGGCUGGACCUGGCCACCCCCUGCAGGACAUCUGACACCUGGGCUGGACCUGGCCACCCCCUGCAGGACAUCUGACACCUGGGCUGGACCGAGCCGUCCAUCCGGAGCCAGGCGGGGCGUGCCAAGCCCGGCCCCCCCCGGAUCUGCGUUAUUAUAGUGCCUCUUAGUUUCUCUUGAUGUUUACUUGUGUUUGAGGAUGGGCUGAGCCGGUUUGGCUGCCAGUGUCCCUCCAGAGGGGAGGGAGAAGCUCCAGAGUCUGCUCCCAAGGGUCAGCAGCAGGUGGGAUGUGCCUGGCUGGAGGAGCUGUCCUGGCUCUCCAGCUGAGAUCGAGGCUUUCUCUGUCAGGGAAGGUGCUUUGGGUUCCUUCCCCUCGUCUCAGACUUCACUGUGAUACAAACUUGAACCAAUCAGUGCCCAAGAAGAAGGAGAAAUGCCCGGCCCUUCUCCUGCAGCCUUUCCAGACAAGCUGUCCUGGCUCUGGCUUUGCCAAAUCUCUUGCACGGGGAGCUCGGGGCAGUUGGUGUCCCUUGUCCCCCGUGUUCUGGGGACAGGCUCCAGGCUGCACAUCCCAACGGACACAGGCGUGCUCUGGGACUAUGGGAUGAGCAUUCCCACCUGCUUCCAUGGCUCCCCAGCUUGGCACUUCACCCCAAUGCUCCUGGGAUGCCAUCAGGCCAACUCAAGAUACCAAAGGACUCCGAGGCGGGGGCAGCUGGAGGCAGAGCGUGCCCAUUGUCCCACGUGCCAUGAUUGCCAGGGGCAAUCCCAUGGUGAUCCCAUGGUGAUCCUGUGGCAAUCCCAUGGUGAUCCCAUAGCAAUCCCAUGUUGAUUCCAUGGCAAUCCCAUGGUGAUCCUGUGGUGAUCCCAUGGUGAUCCCCUGGGGAUCCCAUGGCAACCCUAUGAUGAUCCCAUGGCAAUCCCAUGGCAGUCCUGUGAUAAUUCCAUGGCAAUCCCGUGGUGAUCCAGUGGCAAUCCCGUGGCAAUUCCAUGGUUGAUCCCAUGGCAAUCCCCAUCCUCCACAGUGCCCGGGCAGACAGGAACUGGUCCCAUCCUGGGGUUUGUGAAAUUCCCAACCGGGUUCUGCUCUGAGGUCCAAGGGGGGUCUGGAAGAGGGGUGAGGGGGUGUGACUGCAGUGCCUUAGGGGGGCCUUGUUCGCAUUCCCUGCUCCAGGGGGGCCAGCACGGCUCAGCCUGGCCCAGCAGAGCUCAGCCUGGCCCAGCACGGCUCA